GAGCGGGGCGCCGGCUGCUCCUGGGCCUGGCCACCCGCGUGCACUCCUCGGCCGCACCGUCCCCUUUCCUCCGCCCGGCGCCGGGCGCCCUUUGGACUCCCCCGUCGGGUGAAUAAGAGGCGGCCGAGCGGGGCCGGGGAGCGCCUGACGCCGCGCCCCAGCGCCGGCCAUGUCGAGGAGCGCCGGCUCGGAGGGCGGGCGGCCCGGCAGGUCGCUGCUGCCCCGUGGGGCCGGCCCCGGCUCCCCGCUCCCCCGGGACGCGGAGCCGCGGACCGCCGCCCCAUUGCCACCGCCCCCGCUCCCCCUGCGGCCCCCCUUCGGCCCCGACGCCUACCCCGGCGAGGGCAGCCCCGGCCCGAACGGGCCAGUCGAGCUCAAGCCUGUCCGGCGGUUCAUCCCGGACUCGUGGAAGAACUUCUUCAAAGGCAGACGCAACAACGGCUCCAGCUGGGACAGCGCGGCCUCCGACAUCAGGUACAUCUCGGACGGGGUGGAAUGCUCGCCGCCGUCCUCCCCGGCCCCUCUCCAGCCGGAGCCCAGGUCGGUGCCCGGCUCCUACAAGGAUCCUUACGGAGGAUCGGGCGGGAGCUACGACUCGCGGAAGGAGGCCGAAGCCAUGCUGCCCGGGGACCCCUUCGCGUCGCUGGAGCACCGCGCAGCCACCGGGCAGACCUACAGCGAGCGGGUGGAGGCCUACAACCAGCGGUACGCCUACAUGAAGUCCUGGGCCGGCCUGCUCAGGAUCCUCUGCGUGGCGGAGCUGCUGCUGGGCGCCGCCAUCUUCGCCUGCGUCACGGCCUACGUGCACAAGGAUAAUGAGUGGUACAACAUGUUUGGGUACUCGCAGCCCUACGGCUAUGGGGCCGGCAGCGCCUACGGAGGCUACUCCUACAGCGGACCCAAAACGCCUUUCAUCCUGGUGGUGGCGGGAAUGGCGUGGAUAGUCACUAUAGUGCUGCUGGUGCUGGGCAUGUCGAUGUACUACCGGACUAUCCUUCUUGAUUCCAACUGGUGGCCGCUGACUGAGUUCGGAAUUAACGUGGCCUUGUUCCUUCUGUACAUGUCAGCUGCCAUAGUGUACGUCAACGACACCAACCGUGGUGGGCUCUGCUACUACCAGUUGUUUAAGACGCCGAUAAAUGCAUCUUUUUGCCGUGUAGAGGGAGGUCAGACAGCAGCAAUCAUCUUCUUGUUUGUCACGGUGAUCAUCUACCUAAUUAGUGCGGUGGUUUCUCUAAAGUUAUGGAGGCAUGAGGCAGCUAGGAGGCACAGGGAAUUAAUGGAACGGGACAUGAAAACACAGUCCUCUUUUCCAGAAAAGAAGUAUGAAAGUGAUGACAGACCAAGAGAAGAGGUCACUUACAGGCAGCUUAAAUCGGUGGAAAGAAAACCAGAACUACUUAAUGGUCAUAUACCUGCAGGCCACAUUCCUAAACCUAUAGUGAUGCCAGACUACUUAGCGAAAUACCCAGCAAUUCAAACAAAUGAAAUGCGAGACCGGUACAAAGCAGUAUUCAAUGAUCAGUUUGCUGAGUAUAAAGAACUGUCUGUGGAAGUUCAUGCUGUAUUAAAAAAGUUUGAUGAGCUGGAUGCAUUGCUUAGACAGCUUCCUCAACAUCCUGAAAGCAUAUAUGAACAGGAAAGGAUAUCAAAAGUUCUGCAAGAAUACAAGAAGAAGAAAAAUGAUCCUGCAUUUCUGGAGAAAAAGGAGCGUUGUGAAUACCUAAAGAAUAAGCUUUCUCACAUAAAACAACGGAUUCAGGACUAUGAUAAAGUUAUGAAUUGGAAUGUAGAAACUUAGCUAUGCCUUCACUUUGUGGAUACUAUUUCCUAUUUUUUAAAUCGAUAUGUGUAUUUUAAACUAUUUAUUUACUCUCAGAACAGUACACCUAUGGGGAUUGCUUAAUCACUUUGUCACUUAUUUAGAUGUUGUACAUUACUGGGAGGUUUUGUAUGCAGAUCCAAUUUUAAAUCAAUGUAAUGAAGUUAUCAGAUUAGUUUAGAAAACCUGUGCUAAAGUUCUGCUUUUAUUAGACAGCACACAGUCUGGCCUCUUAAAUACUGUAUUUGCAAACUUGCAAAGCCUAGUAGAGAAAGUAAUUCUAAAUACCAUGUGAAAACUUUGCACAGAAAUGCCAUUAACAAUUACAGAUUUUAUUUACAGCUGACAUCUUAAUGAUACAGGAAGGAGUUGAGCUGUUCUUUCUGGCUGGGCUUUGGUGGAGUCCUUAAUCACACUGAAUAAUUUUGGCAAGUCAAAAAUCAGUUUAAUAAGACUUUUUGUAUUGUAUUUCCAAAUGGUCUGCUCUAUGUCAGAAAUUAUCUGGAAUUUUACCCAACAAGAGAUGGAAAAUAACUUCCUAUUUAAGCAACCAUACUGUGGGGGGUAUUUGGUUUUAGGUUUUUUUUGUUGUUGUUCCUCUCUUUAGAGGUGAUGCAACAAAUUUAUAUAUGGCCUUAAAGGAAUAGAGGUACAGGAUGAGGCUCAUGUUAGUGUUCUGUUAGUGUUGCUAUAGGCCAUUAUGCUCUGCAUGCCUUUUCUGCGUCAUCUUAGUAGGAAACCUUGGGUUUAAAGGCAAAACACUUUAUUCUUCAUCAGCAAGUAACAGGACUUUUUGUCUACAUAGCAGCUGUUUGUGAAUUUGGCAUUCAGAGAGUAAGUACAGCAAAAUUAGUUCUCAUUCAAAGUAUAAAUUAUUAGUAUCCUUAUAAGGCCAGGUAAAAUGUUUUAAUAGACAUGCUUUCCAGAGCAUAUCUGCAUAAAUUCAAUAUACAUUAUUAUAUUUUAUCUUGGGGAUAGUUUGUAUACACAAACAUUUUCAUAAGCCAGUACAUUUUCUCUUUGUAUCCUUUUUCACAUCUGUUUACUUUUUUACUUACUAAAAUUGUUAGAAGCAUUGAUAGUUUCUUUGUACAGUUUUCUACAACUGCAAUUUGUCUGUUCUGAAAUAUAUUUUAAUUUGAAAAAAAACCCACCAG